AUGCACACUGUAUACCGAUCAGCCCUGGUCGCUCAGCCUUCAAAAUGGCUCGGAAGCCACCAGCCUUCUCCCUCUCUUUUGCUGUUUACCAGUUUGAUGGCAGUCCUCUCUGUUUUGCCCGCUAUCCUUCUGGCUGCUUCAGCAGCAGCAGCCACAGGCUCAUUCCAAUCCCCAGCUCCUGCCGUUGCCGAUGGCGACUUCUCCUCAACCAUAGACUAUGCGCUCGGCUCUCAGAUGUCCAUCGAGUGGACUACUGAUCUCGGUAGUUACAUUAUAGUAGUCAAUCAGCAGAGCCUUGUCACCCUCUCGGCAAAGACUGGAAGGACAAUCUACCAAAAGGGGUCCUCGGAUGAAGAAAUAGGCCAGUUUGACUGGACAAUCUCAGUUGACUCGCCUCUGAACCUUGCGGAUGGACCUGUCUUCUUCUUCUGGCUCUUUGCAAAUCCAAAUUCCUUCCCGGGCCCGGACGACUUCAGCUCCGGCUACUUCAACAUCACUUCAGACCCCUCCCCGUCUCCAUCCCUCGCGGCUACAUCCACGCCGAUUACCUCCGUCACAACGUCUUCUGCCCUGCCUUCCAUAUUUACGACACGGAGCUCUGUGGAACCCUCUAUGACCUCUACCGCAAGCCCACCUCCAAGCGACGGGACCAAUGGUGGCAAUUCGAGCGAUCAAGUAUUGAAGAUAGGACUCGGUGUUGGUCUUGGAGUCGGCAUACCCCUGGUGGCCCUCAUGGCUGCGUGCCUAUUCUUCAGCACUCGAUACCUAAAGAAGAUAGCGGACAGCAGGACCGCGCAAACACAUCAGCCAACAGAGCAGAAGCAUUUCUCCUCAACCGCAUCGGAAUUUCCUCGAGCCAAUGACCAUGGGAAUUAUGGGGGAGAAUCGUUGCCGAGGGACCAUGCCCACGGAACGCCCAGUGAGCUCCCCGAAUCCCGACAACACGAACUCCCCGCGAAAUAG